GAGCUCAGUUUGACCUCGGUCGGUGGCGGUUGUGGGGUGGUUGCGGGUCGCCUGCCGCUGUGACUCGAGGCGAAGGCAGUUGGGGUCUCAGCACCAUUAUGGGCGGGCGAGAGGUGCUGGUGGUGACAAAGCAGAGGAUAACAUCAAUAACUAAGUGAAGUGCGCUUGUUUAUUAGGCAAGUUCCUCUGCCAGCAUGUCUGAACAGGAUCAGGACUCUGCUGAUGUAAUGACCACCAGCGAUGCUCCGGACGCCUCUACGGAAUCGGGUCGCGAGGUUACCCCGCUGGAUGGGCCAUCAACUGAGAUCGAACCUGGAACGGUCGACGAGAUACGCUCGGAGGUCAAACCCGGUCACGGAAAGCGCUACAGGUAUCGUUCCGGUGACUCGGCUCCACCGAAGAAGCGAGGUUCGGGGGCUCACGAACUGGACGUGGGAGGCUUGUCCAGCGCAGGCGCUCAGAGCGAGCUGUCUCGGAGCGCGAGCGAUCCUGAGCUGGUAGAAGGGAUGUGUCGCGAACCCAGUGUCGACAGUUCCGACGUGGUAGAGAGAUGGCUAUCUGAAACUGAGAGAGCCACAGCUGGAAACGUAAUCACGAAUCAGGCCGCAGAAAGUGAUCGCCGUCCGGCCCCCAAGUAUAAAGUGCUCACCAUGGACUGUGACAGAAAGGAGUUUGAGAACAUGGUGAACAUAAUGUGUCGAAAAAUGGCGCACAUCAUCGUCGAGUCUCGCCUGGGCAAGAAGAUCCACACACCUUGCAAGGUGCACGCCGAUGUUCCAGAUUGGUUCAACCUGUCGCUGGCCGACAUGCCGGAGGUGGUGAAGGAGGUGAAGCACCUGCUGCUGUCCUCGGGCGGCCUGUGGGCGGCGCCCGUCACCAGCUUCUGCGUGGAGAUCUCGCUGAAGACGGCCGACGGCGUGUCGCUGGUGCUGGAGCAGUGGGCACUGACGCUGGACACUUCGGCACCGAGCGGCGCCAAACCGCCGGCCACCGUCGUCAACCAGCUCGGCGUGCUGCUCAAGUCUCUCCUGGUCACCACCCGUCUCACGGUCGGCUAUAAACUUUCCCGGCAGCAGAGUCAGGAGUCGCACAUCAUCUUCUACAAGUUCUACAUCGGCGAGCCGGACCUGCAGGGACUCGGCGAAGCCAGCGAUCGUAUGGCGAUCGGUGAGGUGAGCACUCCCGUCUGCACGCUGAACCUGACGCUCUACCACCGUACCAAGCUGGCCAUCUCGGCACACUCGGCGCAGCCCAUCGUUAUGAAGAGCGACCACUUCAAGCCGGAGCAGAGUCCCCGGGUCCGCCGCGUCACGGGCUUUGCCGAGCGGCGGCCCCGCUCAGUCAGUGACAGCGUGGAGAUGAUUGGCGCCUCCUCCUCCUCGUCCUCCAACAUGGACACAAAAACCACCGGCGGGUCCUCCACAGACAGUGACCAGCGCCGCCGCGUGGCCGCGUUCGCCGACGAUCCGUCCGAGAAGCCGGCUCCGGCCGGUGACGUACCGUUCCUCCGACUGGUCGGCGAGCCUCCCCCUCCCGCCGCGCCCGCCGCCGGCGCGGACGUCACCAUGGCCGACGGCAGCGCGCCGCCUCAGCCGUCAGCGCCGCCGCAGAGGGUGGUGUCGGACCAGCCGCGACCGGUGGCCGCCGCCGCCGCCCUCCCCGCGCCCGGAGCAGCGCCUCCGUCGCCGUCCGCCGACGACUUUGUCAUGGUAGAGUUGCGCACACCGUUCAGCGAGGCCAGCUCGGACUCUGAGCUGGGCGCGUUCUUCCGCCAGUGGCAGGCGGCGCCACCGCUGGCGUCUCUAUCCGGCGGCGAGCAGGGACCGCCAGCGGCCGGCGCGGCCAGCCCACCCCCUCCGGCCGACCAGCAGGUGGUCUCCCUCAGUGAACAGCUGGCCAGGUUCGAACUGAAGGCCCAGGAGUUUGACGAGAUGAUCGCGCAGCUCGACCGACAAGAUGGCAGCAAACAGUGACGUGUGUGAGCUGAGUGCUGGACAGACCAAAGUGAGUGUACAUAUAUCUAUAUACGGCCGGGUGGACAUGACUAUUUGUACCAUGUUUAAAACUGGCGAUGUUCGCUCGAAAGGCGCUGUGACGGGGCGGGGAGACGCUCAGGGUAUUUAAGGAGUGCUUUCGAUGGUCGCUACAGGCCGUUGGGUUCUCUGGGUGCUGUACGCCGCAUAUUUUAUGUUACUUGUAUAGAGCCGGAGAUCCAUGCCCGUCCACCCAACGCCCCACAGCAGCUGCCAUUCGUUUGUGAGAAGUGUAUUUAGGGCGGUAUGCCCGAAUGUAAUCUACGUUUGGCCGCCCGGAUCCGGACUGGCCAGACGCUCGUACAAUGUGGCCCAGCGCGGGCCCGCCGACCGGACAAUACAACAGGUGACGAGCGCA